GCCGCCGGACGCGGAAGCCGCCGAGGUGACAACCGUGGGGGCUGUCGCGACAUCGCUACUGCGGACCGGUCUGUCGGGGCCGGGGCAGGGGGCCCGGGGGGCUGAGGCUGGGCAGGCGGUGGCUGUGCGAGGCCCUGGAUCCUGCAGAUCGGCGUCCUGAGAGACUUACCUAGUUAGGAAGAGCUGACUGCUAAAGAGAAAAUGACAUCUCUAGAAAAAGUUGAUGAUGCCUCAGCACCCAUUCGAGGACCUGGAGAUGGCAUGGAAACAGAGCAAACAGCUGGAGCAGUGGAAGUAAUCACUGGAGCCAACACUGCAAGCCAUCACAUCCACCACAGCCCCCAUAAAAAGACAGCUUCUUCCCUGAGUCCUGGAGUUCUGCAGCUGGGGAAAGUACAUGCAGAUAAAUCAGUGGAGAUUGAAGCUAUUCGAAUAUUAGUCCCCAAAGCAGCCAUCACCCAUGUUGUUCCAACUAAAAAUGCUAAGGUAGCUAAAUCUGUGGGACAUAAAGGAGACACAUUCCAUCAGUCAGAUGGAGCCACAGAUCCCAAGAAAGAACAGAUAGAGCUGAAAAAUGCAAUUGAAAAGCUAAAGAAUUCAGAAAAGCGGUUGUUACAAGAUAAAGAAGGUCUCUCUAAUCAGCUGCGUAUACAGACCGAGGUCAAUCGGGAGUUGAAGAAAUUACUUGUUGCUUCUGUUGGGGAUGAUCUGCAGUAUCACUUUGAACGGAUGGCUCGUGAGAAGAAUCAGCUCAUCCUAGAAAAUGAAGUCCUGGGCCGGAAUAUGUCUCAGUUGUCGGAACAGUUGGAGCGCAUGUCUAUACAAUGUGAUGUGUGGAGAAGCAAGUUCCUAGCAAGCAGGGUGAUGGCUGAUGAACUGACCAAUACCAGAGCAAUUCUUCAGCGCCAAACCAGGGAUGCACAAAGUGCAAUCCAGGACUUGCUGAAUGAACGCGAUCAGUUCCGUCAAGAGAUGAUUGAUACACACAAGCUGCUGGAAGAGCUCAUGGUCUCUCUUCAGUGGGGGAGACAACAGACAUACUAUCCUAGUGCCCAGCCUUUCACUACAACAGAGCUAGCAGCUGUGAAUUGUAAGCUAGCCAAAGCUGUAAGCUCACAUCUUCUAGGAAAUGUUGGCACUAACAGUCCAAAAAAGACUUCAACAGCUGUGGAGUUUUGCAAUACCCCUGCUGAGAAAAUGGCUGAAAUGAUGCUAUGUGUACUGGAUCCAGCUGCACAUCCAGAAACAUCAACAGAAGUUUCUUUUUCUGAGACUUCUCCAUCUUCUUUCCUUUCCACAAAGAAAAGUAUUGGAAGGUUUCACCCAUAUACAAGAUAUGAAGAUAUCACCUUCAAUUGUUGCAAUCAUUGUCAAGGAGAGCUGAUAGCCCUUUAAAAGCCCAGCCAAGGCAGCUGCACAUGCAUUCUUUCUGAAGAAUUACACUAGUUGAUGUUCAGCAGGCUUCCCUUUGUCCUUUUUCCAUAAUGGGUGGGUUUCGCAUUGGAAAUUAUGCAGUUUCUGCUUCUCUACCUCAUGAAGUUAGGGAUUGACAGGAUUUCCAUAGUCUCUGGGAUGCUUCUACCACUUCUCAAUGGGGAAAGCUACUUAUUUUCUUAUACAAAGGCAAGACAAAAAACAUUAUGCUGGUCCAAUUUAUAGAGCAUAGAGAUGCUCUUGACUAUUUGACAUUUAUAGUCUUAUUAGCAAAUCUUAAUGAAUUUCCCUUUAGAGGGAGACAGAAGUGUAACCGUACCAAAGCAAAUGAAGUGCUGAUCAGUUAUGUCUAAAUUUAAAAAUAAAGUAAUGGUAAAUGGUUUUUAAUUUUAGCCAAGGUGAUGAACGGCCCUCAAGUCUAUGUACUACCUUUUAAAUUUAGUUAUAAAAAGGCGUAUGUGCAAUGAUUCUUCAUAGCUGUAAGUUCUGAAAGCAAGAGUAUAUACAAUGUCAGCCCUCCUGUCAAGAAGGAGAUAAAGCUUGAAUGAACUCUAGCUAUAAUAUAUAAGUAGUAACUGCUUUCAAGUGGGUUUUAGAAAACUCUGUGGGGUGAGGUUUUUCUUGUGUUGCCAUAGAGCUCAAAUAAUGGCUUUUCCAUUGUUUCAGCUUCUAGAGUGAAGUUGCUGCAUAGCUGAUCCUCAGCAAGGGCAGACUGACAUACUUCCUUUAGUACACAGUAUUGAAUUCUGGCCUGGCAUUAGGACUCAGUCCUUGCCCAAGGUCUUCCUGAGUAUUAUGGGAAGGUGAAGACAAGCACUAAGUUUGCAUAGGUACUGUUAAAAAAAAGUAUUUUUUUACUUGUAUGAUUUUAUAAUCUUGACAUAGAUUUGAAGUUCUUGACAUAGGUUUUGAAGAGAACUUUUAGGAGACAAUCUGCUAAAUCCAAAGAAGCCUAUUUAAGUUCCUUAGUUUGACCCCCAAAUUUACCAUAUGAAGCUGUCUAGUUUAGGGAAAAGGUUUCUGAAAUGUUUGCUUUUACCCAGUUUUCCUUUGAAUCUCAUACCCAGGAUCAGGAUAUGUAAGCUGUAAGUUCUUGCUGUUGCUGCUUCUGAUUUGGUUUACAUGAAGAAAGCUACAAUAAACUUCCUUUGCUUGCUUUCAAGCUGUAAUUCUGGAUUUAAUGAAAUCACAUUUCUGACCCUGAUUUCUCUGUAGCAUAAAUGGAACUAUAUGACAUUGAAUUGUAAAACUCUUCACUCUGCUGGUGUGAGGCACUGAACAGAGAAGCACCUCUUUUGUAGUUUUCUACAAUUAGGGAGAUGGUG